CUGGCGCUGCGCGGAUGCAGUCAGAGGGUUGUGAUUCUCCCAGCGUCCUGCUGGUGGAGCCGUUUUAUGGUGGCUCUCACAAACAGCUGAUCGAUCUGCUGAAGGUCAGCCUCUCCAAUGUUGCCGCCUUCACGCUGCCCGCCAAGAAAUGGCACUGGAGGGCGAGAACGGCGGCACUGUACUUCAGCCAGAACAUCCCAGCAUGUCACUCCUACAGAGUUCUCUUCAGCAGCUCAGUCCUUAACCUCUGUGAGCUGGUGGCUCUCAGACCAGAUCUGUCCCGUCUAAAGAAGGUCCUGUACUUCCACGAGAACCAGUUGGUCUACCCGGUCCGUAAAGACCAGGACAGAGACUUCCAGUAUGGAUACAACCAGGUCCUCUCAUGCCUGGUGUCAGACGUGGUGGUGUUUAACUCCUCCUUCAACAUGGAGUCCUUCCUGUCCUCCGUCUCUUCCUUCAUGAAGAAGAUCCCCGACCAUAGACCCAAAGACCUGGAGCAGCUGAUCCGUCCUAAGUGUGUGGUGCUGUACUACCCUGUCCAGUUCCCUGAUGUGAGCAGACUCCUGCCCAAACACAAACAUCAGCGCAGACCUGCAGUGGCGUCUCAUGUUGAUGACAUCAUCAGAGAGCAGGCGGAGCAGCAGUCUGCAUGGUCUGAUCUGAUCCAUCAGUCUACAUCAGAGCUGAGACCCAACGCUGAUGAGGGCCAGGACCAGAACCAGGAGAGACCACUGCACAUCGUCUGGCCCCACAGAUGGGAGCAUGAUAAAGACCCUGAGCGGUUCUUCUCCACCCUGAUCAGUCUGAGGGACAAGAACCUGGACUUUCACCUGUCAGUGCUGGGGGAGAUGUUCACUGAUGUACCAGAGGUCUUCUCUGAAGCCAGGACCCAGCUGGAGGCUCACAUCCUGAACUGGGGUUACCUGUCCAGUAAAGAAGAUUACCUGAGGGUCCUGUGUGAGGCUGAUGUGGUCGUCUCCACCGCCAAACACGAGUUCUUUGGAGUGGCCAUGUUGGAGGCGGUUCACUGCGGCUGUUAUCCUCUGUGUCCCAAGGCUCUGGUUUAUCCUGAAAUAUUCCCAGCUGAGUACCUGUACUCUACACCUGAGCAGCUCUGUAAACGUCUGACAGGACUCUGCAGGAGGCCCGAGAUCGCACGUAGACACAACAUAAAGGUGAAUACAUCCUCCUUCUCCUGGUCCACACUGAAGGAGCACUAUGAGGCCCUGCUGACAGAUCAGGGUCCCUGAACCACUCCUGCUCUGACUGCGGUCCUCUCCUGGGCUUGUUCUGAGCAAGUCUCAGGCUCUGCCAGGACGCCAUCAUCCUGUUUAGACGCCUGGUCCUGUAGAAAGUGGCGCUGACUGUCAGCUGGUCUCUGGAGGCUCAGAAGCUCCAGAGUAGAUCUGGAGACAGAGAGUCUGGACCUGUAAACAUGGUAGUCCUUGAAGGCUGGAAGAGCGCUUGGUUUUAUGUACGUGUUAUGGGGGGGGGGGUUAAGCUUUCAUGUUUCCCAGGCCGGCCGCUGCCUCCUCAUAUAUCCGGCUGAUCCGUUUUUAGCAUUUCUGCUGAGAGUUUCUGCCGCUGACCACAGAGACGGAGCGUCAGCCAGCCGGCGGUCUGACUCCGCUCCACCUGAGCUGCCAGGUUUAAACCAGAACCAGGACUGAAGUGGAUCUGCAGACCUCAGAGACCACAGAGAGGUCAGAGCAAGCUGAAACACUCCAUGCUACAGUUCCUUUUUUCCGAAGCAGAGAGCAGAAAAACAUGUUUGUGAGACACUGUGUUCUGAUUAAAUCUACUCUGAUGUUCUGAUUAGAUCUACUCAGAUGUUCUGAUUAAAUCUACUCUGAUGUUCUGAUUAAAUCUACUCUGAUGUUCUGAUUAAAUCUACUCUGAUGUUCUGAUUAAAUCUACUCUGAUGUUCUGAUUACAUCUACUCUGAUGUUCUGAUUACAUCUACUCUGAUGUUCUGAUUAAAUCUACUCUGAUGUUCUGAUUAAAUCUACCCUUACGUUCUGAUUAAAUCUACUCUGAUGUUCUGAUUAGAUCUACUCUGAUGUUCUGAUUAAAUCUACUCUGAUGUUCUGAUUAGAUCUACUCUGAUGUUCUGAUUACAUCUACUCUGAUGUUCUGAUUACAUCUACUCUGAUGUUCUGAUUACAUCUACUCUGAUGUUCUGAUUACAUCUACUCUGAUGUUCUGAUUAAAUCUACUCUGAUGUUCUGAUUAAAUCUACCCUUACGUUCUGAUUAAAUCUACUCUGAUGUUCUGAUUAGAUCUACUCUGAUGUUCUGAUUACAUCUACUCUGAUGUUCUGAUUACAUCUACUCUGAUGUUCUGAUUACAUCUACUCUGAUGUUCUGAUUACAUCUACUCUGAUGUUCUGAUUACAUCUACUCUGAUGUUCUGAUUAAAUCUACUCAGAUGUUCUGAUUAAAUCUACCCUUACGUUCUGAUUAAAUCUACUCUGAUGUUCUGAUUAGAUCUACUCUGAUGUUCUGAUUAAAUCUACUCUGAUGUUCUGAUUAAAUCUACUCUGAUGUUCUGAUUAGAUCUACUCUGAUGUUCUGAUUAGAUCUACUCUGAUGUUCUGAUUACAUCUACUCUGAUGUUCUGAUUAAAUCUACUCUGAUGUUCUGAUUAGAUCUACUCAGAUGUUCUGAUUAAAUCUACUCUGAUGUUCUGAUUAAAUCUACUCUGAUGUUCUGAUUAGAUCUACUCUGAUGUUCUGAUUACAUCUACUCUGAUGUUCUGAUUAAAUCUACUCUGAUGUUCUGAUUAAAUCUACCCUUACGUUCUGAUUAAAUCUACUCUGAUGUUCUGAUUAGAUCUACUCUGAUGUUCUGAUUACAUCUACUCUGAUGUUCUGAUUACAUCUACUCUGAUGUUCUGAUUAAAUCUACCCUUACGUUCUGAUUAAAUCUACUCUGAUGUUCUGAUUAGA